CAUUUACCAAGAGGAACAUCCUUGCCGGAUGGAGAGGAAGCGGUUUAUUCCCCUUCAACCCUGACAGAGUUCUCGCUAACCUACCUAAACCACCUCUUGUUGAACUAACGAUUCCAACAAACAAUAGAACGAUGGAGGAGGUUCGAUACGAGGCGUUGCCAACGCCCGUAACGCCAAAAUCAGGAGAGGCUUUGACAUCGCUACUUGACAUAAUUGAACGGGUUCCGAAUACCGAAGCAAAUAGCCAGCACAGAGAGAGACUUCAACAGAAAGUGUCCCAUGCCGCUCAGACGUUUCUUGCACACAAUGCCCUUCUUCGCGAUGAUAAUAAAUUCCUGACCCAAGCAAAUGACGAAAGUAAACCUCGCCGAGCAGUAGGGUCGAAAAAAGUCGGUGAUGGGAGGAUAAUAGUGUGGAAGGACGUCGAACAGGCGCGGAUAGAGGAUGCGGAGAAAAAAGCAAAGAAGGCCGCUAAGGAGGCUAGGGCAGCUACAACAGGCAAGAAACGUGGUCGACCCCGAAAGAGUGCUACAGCAGAUACGCUGGAGCCGCAGGCUAAGGUAGCGCGAAUCAGCGAGACACAGAUUGCACAAGGCGAAGCUGGUCCCUCAGAACCAAGGACUAAGGUUGUGCAGUGCAGCGAAGCACGGGUUGAGCAUGAAACAAAGCCAUGGAGAGCCCCAGAGGCGCAUAUGUAUUAG